CCACAGAACACACGGGCUGCAAGAUUCUUAGCGAAGAAGGCAGGCUAGCCAAUAUUUUCGCACCUCAAUUAUUUCGCAAGACACCGGCACUGUGACACAAGCCGACAAUGUUUACUCUUAUACCCUCUGAAAAGUCUGACACUUGCAAUACCAUAAAGAAAAAAGAAUGAUGAUGUUUUUGUGCGUUUUGUGACUAUUUUGGUCGGACACAAAUAUUGGAGGGAGGAAAGAUUAGCCCCUUAGCCACACUGACCUGAAACAGGACUUUCCUGUGAUGUAAGUCUUCCUAUUCAUCCUUGGGUCACACAAAGUAUCAAGAACAAGCCAAAGAUGAGCUACAGUGUUCAUGUGCUGCAUGAUGGCUACUCCUAUCUCAAGGAUGGUGUCAUGAGGGCCAACUGCACAUGCACACUGGUAAAAGGUCCCAACCCAUUAAUUGUGGAUACCAUGACAGCCUGGGACAAGGAUGUGCUGCUGGAAGGCAUGGCCAAGGAAAACACCUCCUGUGCUGAUGUGAAGUAUGCAAUCGGCACACACGGUCACUCAGAUCACUUGGGUAACCUGAACUUGUUUACAGCAGCAACACACAUCGUUGGAUACACUGUUUCCUACAAAGACCAAUUUUUCAUUCAUCCAUUUGAGACAGGGGAACCAUACAAGAUAGAUGACUCACUGCAAGUCAUUCCCACUCCAGGCCACACUACUGCAGAUGUGUCAGUGGUGGUGAGGACUGCACAUCAAGGCACAGUAGUAAUAGCAGGUGACCUCUUUGAGCGUGAAGAGGACAUUUCUGACUCUUCUCUGUGGCGAUACACGGCUGGAAGUGAAAAUCCAGAUACACAGGAGAAGCACAGGAAUGAAGUAAUCCUCCUGGCUGACCACAUUGUGCCUGGCCACGGCCCAAUGUUCAGGGUGACCGAGGACAUGAAAGCUGUGUCCAGGGGAGACAAGCUUACGCAAAAGUGAUAUAGAAGUUAGUCAUUUUAUGUGUGGUUUGCUAACCAGCUUAAUUAUAAUGAGUGGUAGCUGGUUAGGUUGGUAAGUGUGGAUGUAUUUAUGAAGUAGUAUGUGCAUGUUUUAGAUUUAUUUGUGAAAUCUUAACAAUAAUGAAAGUUUUGAGGGAUGCUUUAAAGUACAACAUGUAUUAGAUGUUUUGUGUAUGAAGUAAAUAAGAAUAGAGUACUUUCCAAGCUCUGUCAUAUGACACCAUUGUACUGUGCCACUGACCUUAAACAGAGCUCUUAAUGGCCUUGAAUUUCCUUCUUUCAUGCAAGCUCAUUGUAAAAGUAUCAGAAUACAAAACUGAUUCUGUCAAUAAACUAAACAAAAAGAAA